AUGGCAGGGGAGGUUGGGCAACGGGGCGUUAAAAGCGAUGAGUACAAGAACCAAGAAAAUGUUCUAAAACGGAUCGUGGUGUUGAUUGGACCACACAGCAGCAGCCCUCUCCCACCGAGCCAACUCCGGGCAAGCGGAAAACCCGGCCGUCGAUUUCGAACUGCUGACCUUGCAGUUGGACAACAACACCACCAGGGUUCCCCGUUCCGAUUACGGAGCUCCAUUGGCGAGCCGCACAGAGGCGUCUGUGGCAACGACGGGAUCCAAGGCAAGUACAUCGCCUCUACACAGCGACCUGACGGGACCUGGCGGAAACAGCGGAGGGUGAAAGAAGGCUACGUACCACAAGAGGAGGUCCCAGUGUAUGAGAACAAGUAUGUGAAGUUUUUUAAGAAUAAGCCAGAACUGCCCCCAGGACUGAGUCCUGAAGCCACUGCUCCUGCGACCCCCUUUAGGCCUGAAGGUGGUGAACCAGGCCUUUCCAAAACAGCCAAACGCAACCUGAAGCGGAAGGAAAAGAGGCGGCAGCAACAAGAGAAGGGGGAGGCAGAGGCCUUGAGCCGGACUCUGGAAAAGAUGUCCCUGGGAGAGACCGCCCCGCUCCCCAGCACUCUGCAAGGCUGCCACACAGUCCCUGCAGCCACUUCUGACCAGCCUGACUCCGCUGCCACCACGGAGAAAGCCAAGAAGAUAAAGAAUCUGAAGAAGAAGCUACGGCAGGUGGAAGAGCUGCAGCAGCGGAUCCAGGCUGGGGAGGUUAGUCAGCCCAGCAAGGAGCAGCUGGAGAAGCUGGCGAGGAGGAGGGCGCUAGAGGAGGAGCUGGGGGACCUGGAGUUAGGCCUGUGAGGCCUCUGGAGAACAGCAAACGGACUGCAGAACAAACCGUGGGGCUCUCUGGGGUCUUGAGGGACGUGGACAGCAGCAGUCAGGAGGGGUACCCUCAGACUGGUGCACUUCCACUUCUUGCUGCCCAACUCUGUCCUCCCAGAGUCUAGUCUCACCCUCAUUUCACACACACGCCCCCCAAUACCUGUUUUUGGACUUUGCCCCUCCCAUCCCCAUUGUCCAAAAUCUCAGUGACUGCCCCACUGUACCUU